GACACAGCUGGCAGAACAAACAUCUUGACAAACAGUGAGUGGGUGUGGCUAACCUUAACAUAAAAGUAGGACGGUAAAAAUGAAAGUAUUGCAAACAUAAUGGCGUCUUCCGUCUACAAGUGGGAGUUCAUGGCAGACGAGGGGAGAUGGACAGAAUACCAGGGAUAUAAUGGUUCAUUUGACAGCAAAACCCUUGAGAGACAUUACCAUCUGAAUCCACGGGGCAAGCUACACUUCACGAUCAGGAAAUUCUCCUACACUUUGGAUUUCGCAAGGAUGGAGCAGAUCAAUCACAAGUACGGGACUAGGAGAGCAGUGAGGAGGAUUGUUGAUGGCACUAGUGAAUACGAUGGCAGUGCGGCCACACCCACGUCACAAUGGCAGUUUCAAGAUAAAGGUGGAAUAUGGAAAGAAUAUACCAGAGGACGGUGCAGCACGUCCAGUCAGGACAUUCAGAGCCAGUACCAAAAGAACCCGACAGGCAGCAUGAUGUUUACGGUCAAGAACGUCAGAUAUAAGCUAAACUUUGCAGACAUGACUCAGACAAACCUCUCCACACGCACCACCAGAUUGGUGAGGCGACUCUUCCGCUGACUGUGGGACCUCAACAGAUUUGGAGGUCUCACUUAAUGUUAACUCAAUGUUAACUUAAUGUCGAGCCUCAAAAAUAAGCUCAAUGCCUGACUACCGUUAUCUCUCACAUUAGAAUGAUUCCAAGUUUUAAUGACCUUACACAAGAGUUUGUUUUUGCUUUAAUUUAGCCAUUUUUCUUUAUUGCUACCUUCGACCUUCUCCAAUAUUUUUUGUAUAUCUGCUCUUAUUUUGAGUUUGUUCUCCCUCAGUGCAUUUUCAGAGGAUUGAAAAAUCAAUAAUGAUUUAAACAUGGGGCAUUUAAGAAAAGCAGGGAGGGAUUUAACUUUUUUUUUAUCAAUUUAUGAUUGUGAUUGCAUUCUGGAUUUUCCAAGGAAAGCUUUUUUUUUUAACCUUAAAAGACUGUAAGUGUUUCCGACCCCUUUGAAUUAGAGGGGCGUAUCCUGUGGUACUGUAAAUCAGCAGAUAGCUCUACAAAUUGUUUGUGAUCAAGUUGCAUUGUGGGUAAUGUAGGCACAUCCUUUAACCUAAAACCAAAGGAAUGUUUACCAAAGUUUCAUAUAUGCUCCUUGCUUAUAUGCUUGUAAUCAUCAGUUGAGUAAACCUUAAAACGUCCCUGAUUCAUGCAUACUGCCUUGUAAUCAGUGCAUUGUGAAAAUAAAAUGCUUCCUUUGACCUAA